GUUGUGGUGGAAGCAUCCGAGGCAGCUUUCUUUGCAAGGCGAGUGGCUGCAGGACGGUAUCAUUCAGUCUUGCUCCGGAGGAGUGGUGGCGCGGUGGCCUUCGGACUCAACUCUGCUGGAGAGUCUCUACUUCCGCGUUUGCCAGCCGGUGUUCGCUACAUCGCAGUUGCCGCAGGCACCCAGCACACACUGCUACUGCGGAGCGAUGGCCGUGUUGGGUCCUGUGGGUUGAACCUUGAUGGCCAGAGAAGCCUCGCAGCGCUGGAAGACCGCGUCCUCAUCUCUGUAGCCGCUGGAGGCUUUCACAGUGUCCUCUUGGACUCCGAUGGUUCUUGUGAAGCUGUUGGGUGCAAUGAUCAUGGCCAAUGUCAAGUGAGUUCUCGCCUGUCGGGACGACGCUGCAUCUCCAUUGCUGCUGGGGCUCAGCACACCAUUUGCAUCUUGGAGGAUGGAAAUGCCAUUGCUGUCGGCCUGGAUGACAAUGGGCAGUGUAGCAUCCCAGCAAUUUCACAGGUUCCUGUGCCGGGGAAGCGCGUGAGCUGGCUUCGUUACACAUCCGCUGCUGGAGGGAGCAAGCACACCGUCCUCCUGCGCAACGACGGUGAAGCAGCUGCCUUGGGAUGGAAUGCCUAUGGUCAGUGCAGCCUGCCGCCACUGUCCCAGCAUGCGCGAUACACCUCCGUCAGCGCAGGGGACCGUCACACGGUGCUUAUCCGCAACGACGGGGAGGCGGUGGCCACUGGAGACAACAGCUGUGGCCAGUGUCAGAUACCUCCACUUCCACUGGGUAUGCGCUACAUGGCGGCAGCUGCUGGCAGCACUCACACGUUGCUUUUGCGAA